ACGCACGCGCGGCGCCCACCGUUUCCUCCCCUCCCCUCCCUCCUGCCACGCCCCCGCUUGUCUUCUCGCCCUCCCCCACCCGCCGCUCCCGCUCCGCGCUCCUGCCUCACCCGCCGCCGCGCCGGCAGUUUACCCCGUUCGCCUCGACCGGCGGAAGCUCCGACGUCCUGCACCGGCCAGUCCUUGUGGAGGUGUUAGGAAUUAUCCGUGCUGAAUUAAUCGGUGGAAGCUGCACAUUCACUGUUUUUAUCUCAGAUCUCAAAAGUGAUAAAUUGACCUGGCUGGCUGAGAAUUGUGAGAUAAAUAAUGUCUUUCAUUAGGCAAGCAGACCCAUCAGCAUCCUGUGCGGAAAGCCCUUACAUUCACAAACUUGGCCCACCAGGCUCCGUUUUCCCUGCACAAAGAUUUGCCUCUGGUAAAGAAUUGCUUCAUCAUUUACCUCAACCAUAUAAAGCUGAGGGCUAUAGACAGUCUGAUUUCAACAGGACAGCGGCUCAUGUGUUUCAGAACUCGUUUUACAAUACUGAUAGCCAUGUGGAAUCUCACUUCAAUGAAGCAACUUGUUCUCCAGCAAUCUCCAAUGUAUCUCAGCAGAACUCCCAAUCUUUAUCAGACAAUCAGACCUCCGAUCUUGAAGUAGAGUUUGAUGAAGAUGAGAUGAGGCUAAAGCUUCAGGAGCUUGAGCAUGCUUUACUCGAUGAUGGUGAUGAGAUCUUUUCUGAUUUGUCAGGGAUCAUUGACGAUGAGUGGAAUGAUAACAUGAAGAACAAUGACUGGACUAAUACCAUGAAGAAUAUCAUGAGUCCGGACUCUCCAAAAGAGUCAUCACCAGAAUCAAGCCUCUGUUGUCCUGACAGCAAUAAUGGAGAAACACGGGGCCCAAAGCAGUUGCUCUUUGACUGCGCUGAAGCAAUAUCUGAAUAUAGCGUCGACGAAGCGCAAUCAAUCAUAGCAGAACUACGACAGAAGGUUGCGAUUCAGGGAGACCCUUCUCAGAGAAUUGCAGCCUAUCUUGUGGAGGGCCUUGCUGCCACAAUACAGUCUUCAGGAAAAGGGAUCUACAGGGCUCUGAGGUGCAAGGAGGCUCCUACUCUGUACCAGCUUUCAGCUAUGCAGAUCCUCUUCGAGAUCUGCCCAUGCUUCAGGCUAGGCUUCAUGGCUGCUAACUAUGCUAUUCUUGAAGCUUGCAAAGGUGAAGAGGUUGUGCACAUUAUUGACUUUGGCAUCAACCAGGGUAGCCAAUACAUAACGCUGAUCCAGUUCCUACGGAAUAACAGUAACAAGCCACGUCUUUUGAGAAUAACUGGUGUCGAUGACCCAGAGUCAGUUCACAUGGCUGUUGGAGGACUAAAGGUUGUUGGGCAGCGACUCGAGAAGCUUGCAGAGGACUGUGAGGUCCCAUUUGAGUUCAGGGCAGUGGCUUCUAAUAUUGAGGAUGUGACACCUGGAAUGCUGGAUUGCCGUCCUGGAGAGGCCCUCAUUGUUAACUUUGCAUUCCUGCUGCACCACCUGCCUGAUGAAAGCGUCUCAAUGGUGAACGAAAGGGACCAGCUCCUCCGUAUGGUAAAGGGUCUCCGACCGAAACUAGUGACGUUGGUGGAGCAGGAUGCAAACACUAACACCACUCCAUUCCUUGCAAGGUUCCGGGAGGUCUAUGACUAUUACUCAGCACUUUUUGAUUCACUAGAUGCAACCCUUCCAAGGGAAAGCCCAGAUAGAAUGAAUGUGGAGAGGCAGUGUCUUGCACGAGAAAUUGUCAACAUCUUAGCUUGUGAAGGUUCUGACCGUGUGGAAAGGUAUGAAGUGGCUGGGAAAUGGAGAGCGAGGAUGGCAAUGGCUGGUUUUGUGCCAUCCCCAUUUAACAGCAAUGUGAUCAACGGCAUAAAAUCUCUAUUAAAAUCGUACUGUGACAGGUACAGGUUCGAGAAGGUCCAUGAUGGCCUCCACUUUGGCUGGGGAGACAAGACGCUCGUCGUCUCGUCGGCAUGGCAAUAGAAGCUCGGAUCUUAGCACUGCUGCAUUUUAGGCGCACCUGGUGCAAGGGCUGUAAAGAGAUUUCUACCACCGUAUUGUUGACCUACCAUAUACUCAUGUCAUAUCUGACCUUAGCGUGCUGCUUGUAGACUUGUAAGGUCUGCCUAGUUUGUUAGAUGAAAUAUGUUGUGCGUUGUACACAAUUGUGUAGGAUCACUGUGGUGUACUUGAUUUUGCCCGCCCUUUGGAGGGGUAGAAUCGCAAUGUGCCGACAUUGUUUCAUGUAUAAAGUACUGUAUGGAUGCUCUAGUAGCUGAUAGAUGGGAUAAAUAACAAGAAUUCGUCAUCCA